CAUCCAGAAGUCCAGUCCAGUGAGCUGCACUAGUCCUGAGAGCCACCAGCUCAGAGAAGUAGUCUAGCCACUCCAGAAACAUCCAGCCUGACUCCUGCAGCUACAGCACACACUGAUCUCAACCUGUUACCAAAACAUUUAUUCAAUCAGAGCAGUGACACUGAGUGACAGAAUCUUAUUUUUGUUUCUCACUCCUGUUGUGAGAUAUCUGUGCUGAACUGAGCUCAUCCAGAUCACAGCAGCUUGUUACACCUGAGAAUCAGAGCCGACCACAGCAGAGAUGAUGAUGACGGGGAUGCAGCAACACUCACACUGCUUUCUGGUCCUUCUUCUCAUGGUCUUCAUCGCUGGGAUAGUUCUCUCUGGCGCCUCAACUCCCCGCAGGAGCAGAGUGAGACGUCAGAACAUGAAAGUCCGUAUCAGCGCCACAGGAGACACCAUCGUGAUGAAGUUUUUGCGCCCCAACGCUGACACCAAGCUUGAGGGUUACAUCCUGGGCUACGGCAGCAGCAUGUUCUCCAAACAGUUUAUUCAGCUGCCUGAGAACGGACAGAUGUAUGAGACUGAGUUUGAUGCUGAGCCCAAGUACCUUAUCGCCGUCCAGCCCAUCCCAACCAAUGAGGUGAAAAAGCAGUGUAAAGGUAAAGUGGAGUUGCAGAAGCCGCUACACUUGGUCAUUGGGUCGGUAACGCCCACUUCAGUCCUCCUGUCCUGGGGGACCCUGCUGAAGACCCCCUAUGAAGGCAACGUCAUGAAUGACUGUCUUGAGGAUGGACACUACACAGUGCGUUAUCGUGAGAGGAGCAGGAAGUGGAACUACCAGACCUGCCCAACUAGUGACACGGUCAUUGACAAUCUGAAGCCCAACACAGUCUAUGAGUUCGGUGUCCAGCCCAACUCUAAGGAUGGCACUGGAUUGUGGAGCAAGCCGGUCAUUCACAACAUCAGCACAGGGAACAUAGAGGAUAAGACCAUCAGGAAAAUCUUUAAACAUCCAGUCAACCCUGUGAAACCUUUAACACCAGGUCCACACACCUUCCCCUUUGCUCCUCGCCAUGUUCACGAUAACAAGACCCAGGGUAGACUGCCCCCCUCCCGGAGCAUAACCCCAAAGACAACUCUUGCUCCAACCACAACUACUAGACAGGAAUCUCUGUCAACCCCGGGAUCCACACUGCCUGUGGUCACCAAACAGCCAAUCGGAAGAGGAGACCUCUCCAGAUCUGUCUUGCCUCCUUUCCUGGCGGUCCCGUUAGCUCCAAAGCUCCAUCCUCCACUACACAUUACAGCCACCACGGUAUCUGUGCCAGUCCCCCAGACAAAUGUGGAGAAACAUGGAGGGCAUCCUCUAAGUCAACCUCAACCAAACCCCCAGCUGCAGUAUCGACCACCACCACAACCAAAGCCCCACACCCAAAAACCUCAACUAAAGCCCUGUUCAAACGCAAAGCCUCAUCCACAACCUCAACCAAAACUGAUUUUCCAAACUCAACCACAACCCCAAUCAACAUCACAACCCAUAUCCCCGACCCAACCAACAUCACAGCCCAUACUCCAGACCCAACCACAACCAACAUCCCAUUCCAUACCUCAGACCCAACCUCAACCCCAACCAACAUCACAGCCCAAACCCCAGACCCAACCUCAACCCCAACCAACAUCCCAGUUCAUACCCCAGACCCAACCUCAACUCCAACCAACAUCACAGCCCACACCCCAGACCCAACCACAACCCCAACCAACAUCCCAGUUCAUACCCCAGACCCAACCUCAACUCCAACCAACAUCACAGCCCAUACCCCAGAGCCAACCACAACCCAAAUCCCAUCUCAUACCCCAGACCCAACCUCGACCCCCGCCAACAUCCCAGCCCAUAUUCCAGACCCAGACCCAACCUCGACCCCCGCCAACAUCCCAGCCCAUACUCCAGACCCAUAGGCAACCUCAACCCCAAUCAACAUCUCAGCCCAUACUCCAGAAACAUACCCAACCUCAACCCCAACCAACAACCCAGCUCAUAUCCCAGACCCAACCCCAACCAACAUCCCAGUCCUUACUCCAGAAACAUACCCAACCUCAACCCCAACCAACAACCCAGCCCAUACUCAAGGCCCAACCUCAAUCAAAACCCCAACCAACACCUCAACCCAAACUCCAGACCCAACCUCAGUUAAAAUCUCAGCCAAAGCCACAUCCCCAAUCACAGCCUCAAACCACAACCCAGCUCCAGGCUGAACCACAACCUCAGUCAACACUCCAGCCCAAACACCAGGCCCAUCCUCAAACACAACCACAUCUAAAGACCCAGACCCAGCAUCAAGUUCAACCAACUCUCCAGGCAACACCUGUGGCACAUCCUCAAACACCUCAUCCAACUCUACAGUACAUACCUCAGACCCAACAAGCAUUACCACAGAUUCACAUCCAGCCCCAACCUCAACCACAAUCUACACAAACCCAAAUACCACCUCAACCAAAGACCAACCCACAGCAUCAGCCACAACCUCAACCAAAAACCAACCCAGAUCCUCAACUAACCACCAAGCAGCAGUCUAAGGCUCAACCAACACCUAAACCAAAGACCAUUUUUUUCCAACCCAAGCCACAACCUCAACCCAAGAGUCAACCCAAGCCCAAAACACACCCUCAACCAAAGAGCCAACACAAGCCCCAACCACCACCUCGACCAAAAAAGCAGCCAAAGCCUCAACUACAACCUCAAAAAAAGCCGCCAAAGCCUCAGCCACAAUGUAAACCAAAGCCCAGAACAAGGGACCAACAACAACCUCACCCAACACUUCAGCCAUGGCCUCAAUCACUAUCUCCAACAAAGACUCUGGCCCAAUCUGUACCUCCUUCUCAACCCAUUCCCCAACCACAACCUCCACCAAAGGACCAGACUCAGUCCCAACUUGAACCUCUACCCAAGCCACACCCUUCAUCUAGGCCCCAACCACAAACUCAACAUGAGCUUCAGUUUCAGUCUCAGACCAAGACCUACACUGAUCCCACCAAGGUCACCCCAAGGCAGGCAGUCCCUACGGCUCCUAGUCCACCUGAAGAGGGCAAGCCUCUACCAAGACCUGCCCUGGCUACAGAGAAGGCUGGUAGUUACAAUCAGGGUACUGGCGUCCUCAGACCAUCCGUUGCUGAAGUUCCUCGUUCUCCCAUUAGCUCAUCAGUUCCUCCAGCAGGAAGAAACACCACGCUGUCUCGCACCAGGGUUCCUCCUCAUGCCACUCGCAAUAGUGUCAGACCAUUUUCUCCAUCCAAGACAUUCACCUCCUCUCACAGCUCCAGCACACCUGGGGCCGAUGGGGCGCAUCAUAGGGGCAAUGCUCUUCCUAAACCUGUGGUGUGGUCCAAAGAGAAACCUGAAUUCCCUGCAGUUAUGCAUCCUCCUAUUCCUGUCAACAAGAGACCCAACCUGGUGGGGAAACCUAGGGACCAUGAUAAACUCAUGGACCUGAAACAAGGAGACAAGGAGUCCAUCUUGAAGCCAUUCCCUCUGGUCACAGCCAAGCCCAAGCAAGAGCACCGACAGCAGACAACCACCUCCGCCCCGGCAGUAAACAGUAGCCAUUUUGACAUAUAUGAAAACUCCUCCAUAUUCAGGCCCUUGCCUGCAUCAGAGGUAGACAUCAUGGGCAAGAAGCGCUUUGUAGCUCCCCAUGUGAUCUACAAGACAGAUAAGAAGCCAUAUGAGCCGUGCUCUAUCACCUCCUCCCUCGCUUACUUCCCUGAUGAGGAGGGCAGUGAUCAGAAUGUGACUGGUCCUCCCCGCAUACCUCCCUCCAACCUUACUGUGGUUACUGUGGAGGGCUGCCCGUCUUUCGUCAUUCUUGACUGGCAGAAAUCUGACAAUGAAACCAGAGAGUAUGAAGUUGUAUCCACUGCUAAAGGACCAAAUGGAGAGGAGGUGUCCAUAUUGACAACCAACCAGACACACACAGCCGUGGAGAAUCUCAAACCAGAGAGCAGUUACGAAUUCAAAGUAACACCAAAGAAUGAGCUGGGAACAGGACCCUCCAGUGAUCCUGUGUCUUUUAGCACAGAAUCAGCGGAUCCACGAGUGAGCGAACAUGUUUCAGGCAAAGAUGCCAUCUGGACUCAGUUCCCAUUUAAAUCCGAUGCCUACUCUGAAUGCAGUGGAAAGCAGUACGUGAAGAGAACUUGGUACAGAAAGUUUGUGGGCAUCCAGCUGUGCAACUCCCUGAGAUACAAGAUCUACCUGAGUGACUCUCUCAAUGGGAAGUUCUACAACAUUGGAGAUCAGACGGGACACGGUGAGGACCAUUGUCAAUUUGUGGACUCCUUCCUGGAUGGACGGACCGGCACCCAGAUGUUUGCCGACCAGCUACCAAGCAGGCUAGGGUUUUAUAGAGCGAUGAGGCAGGAACCUGUCAACUUUGGAGAGAUUGGAGGGAAGUCACAUGUUACUUAUGUAGGCUGGUACGAGUGUGGCACACCCAUACCCGGGAAGUGGUAAGACCCCACAGGGCUAUCCAGGAAUGAUGACUUCCUUGGUGGUGAAGAAGAAGAAGAUGCCUGACUGGGCCUGAAGGGAAGUGGGCCUUUCUUUCAUGUACCAUGGACACUGUAGAUGGGUCUGUCUGUUUAAACUCAGCCUACUCUUCCAGGUAUGAACCUGUACAGGACUAUUAGGUGUCACAAAACUCUAUUGAGUGCAUUUGUAACGUUGGUCUUAAUUUCUGUAUUUAUCAAAAAUGUCACGACGGACGUAAGAAUGCAGGAGUUUGAGUGAACCAAAAUGUUGAAUAUACAGUAAUCACAGAGAAAAUGUUGGGAAGCUGGCUCCCAAAAUGUAAUAACUUGUAUGAUAUUAUUUAUCAAUGGGAUCGUUAUUGAAUACUCUGUGUGUGCUCGGGCUUUUGAGAUGAGAAAGUAAAAAUUGUUCCCAAUAUUUGCAUGUCAGUGAGCACACAUGUUGGUAAGUUGUGUACAGAAAGAUGCCAAUCAUACUUUCAUUGUACAUUUGGACUAUGUAAAAUACAAGUACACACAGACAUGCAGAAUUGACCUUCUGCUGGCCCUAAGGGAUUAUUAGCAGUUGCAGUUUGCACAGUAUUAAACUUUUGUUCAUAUAUGUAUAUGGUGUGAAAUACAAUUUGUAUACCAGGGAUCAUAUAGUUUGGUACAAUUUCAGGUAAAAAAUAAAAACAGCUUUAGUCAAAUUGUUGAGGGGUCACUUGGAAACAAUAGAUUUAUGUAUGUUUAACGCUCAUGCAGUCUUGUCCUUUAUUUUAUAAAAGAAUAAAAAAUAUAUAAAAAUGUAUAGAUAAACAACUGAGAUUCAAUGUGGAAAUGAUGUAAGCAAAUGACAUAAUUUAUGUUUUUGUGUUCAAACUUACUUCAAAGUGUACAUAAAGAUAUAAAUCAUUGGAGAGAAAUUGCCAGGUUUUUCUGUCAUGACUGCACUUGUUUUUGAUGCACCAUGUAUGUUUUCAGCAAUAAAUCUUGUUUUUAUAUUUACUGAUAUUAA